UGCCAAGCGCCGCCUUAUAAACCUCCCUCUCGGCCGCCGCCGCGCCGAGUCCGAGCCGCGCACGGGACCGGGACGCAGCGGAGCCCGCGGGCCCCGCGUUCAUGCACCGCCUGCUGGCCUGGGACGCAGCAUGCCUCCCGCCGCCGCCCGCCGCCUUUAGAUCCAUGGAAGUGGCCAACUUCUACUACGAGCCCGACUGCCUGGCCUACGGGGCCAAGGCGGCCCGCGCCGCGCCGCGCGCCCCCGCCGCCGAGCCGGCCAUCGGCGAGCACGAGCGCGCCAUCGACUUCAGCCCCUACCUGGAGCCGCUCGCGCCCGCCGCGGACUUCGCCGCGCCCGCGCCCGCGCCCGCGCCCGCGCACCACGACUUCCUUUCCGACCUCUUCGCCGACGACUACGGCGCCAAGCCGGCCAAGAAGCCGGCCGACUACGGUUACGUGAGCCUCGGCCGCGCGGGCGCCAAGGCCGUGCCGCCCGCCUGCUUCCCGCCGCCGCCGCCCGCCGCGCUCAAGGCGGAGCCGGGCUUCGAACCCGCGGACUGCAAGCGCGCGGACGACGCGCCCGCCAUGGCGGCCGGUUUCCCGUUCGCCCUGCGCGCCUACCUGGGCUACCAGGCGACGCCGAGCGGCAGCAGCGGCAGCCUGUCCACGUCGUCGUCGUCCAGCCCGCCCGGCACGCCGAGCCCCGCCGACGCCAAGGCCGCGCCCGCCGCCUGCUUCGCGGGGCCGCCGGCCGCGCCCGCCAAGGCCAAGGCCAAGAAGGCGGUGGACAAGCUGAGCGACGAGUACAAGAUGCGGCGCGAGCGCAACAACAUCGCGGUGCGCAAGAGCCGCGACAAGGCCAAGAUGCGCAACCUGGAGACGCAGCACAAGGUGCUGGAGCUGACGGCCGAGAACGAGCGGCUGCAGAAGAAGGUGGAGCAGCUGUCGCGAGAGCUCAGCACCCUGCGGAACUUGUUCAAGCAGCUGCCCGAGCCGCUGCUGGCCUCGGCGGGUCACUGCUAGCGCGCCGGGGGUGCCGUGGGGGCGCCGCGGCCACCGUGGGCACCGUGCGCCCUGCCCCGCGCGCACCUGCCCCGCGCGCACCGAGGCCACCGUGCGUGCCCCGCGCGCACCUGCACCUGCACCGAGGGGGCACCGUGGGCACCGCGCGCACGCACCUGCACCGCGCACCCGGUUUCAGGACUUGAUGCAAUCCGGAUCAAACGUGGCGGAGCGCGUGUGGACACGGGACUGACGCAACACACGUGUAACUGUCAGCCGGGCCCUGAGUAAUCACUUAAAGAUGUUCCUGCGGGGUUGUUGCUGUUGACGUUUUUGGUUUUUUGUUUUGUUUUUGUUUUUUUUUUUUCUUUUUGGUCUUAUUAUUUUUUUGUAUUAUAAAAAAGUUCUAUUUCUAUGAGAAAAGAGGCGUAUGUAUAUUUUGAGAACCUUUUCCGUUUCGAGCAUUAAAGUGAAGACAUUUUAAUAAACUUUUUUGGAGAAUGUUUAAAAGCCUUUUGGGGGCAGUAGUUGGCUUUUGAAAAAAAUUUUUUUCUUCCCUUCUGA